GUGACAUUGCUUAUGCUUUCGGUUGUUUUUAAACAAUACGUGAUGAUUGUCAAAGAUAUAUAUCUAUAUAUACAGAUUUAUCAAUUACAUAUUAACUAUAUACGUAUCUAUAUAGAUACAGUAUUCUGUGCAUAAGUAGCUAUAUUGUCUAACUGUGGUAUCAUGAAGUUCGCAAGCUUGGUAAUGGCUUCCAUCAUCCCUACAUUACUUAAAGGCUGUCGAGUCGAAGAUGGUGAUCAGCUUUACGGUUUUCCAAUGCGGAAGGUUGAUAAUAUCGUUCACGUUGGCAAUUUAAUCAGCGACAGCCUGAUUCCCGAAAAAUGGUACAGAACAGUUUACAUGGGCAAACAAUAUUUACUUCUUGAUAUCAACGGUGCCGCCAACUGGAAACUAACUUACGGAAUGUGUGGAACAUACUAUCCUAUCUACUUACAGGACGCACAUCCUGAUAUUGCAACUCUAAACAGUCAGUCAGUCGAAGUAACAGCUUGUACACUGAACCUCAACACGGAGUGUUUACCAGCGUUAACUGUUUAUAUUCGGAAAUGUGGGGAGGAAUUGCAGUACCUUCUUACAGCUUCAACUCCCUACGCAGGAUACUGUUUUGACGAAGGUCAGACAGUAUACGACCCGGUAAACCAGCCAGCGCCAGCUAUUGAUGAUGUCGAUCUUGGACAAAUCUCGAUCACCACUAGAGUAGUUCACACAAGCAGGCCUGCAGGUCCGUUUGGACUCCAAUAUAUACCAACUACCCAUUUUGUGUGCUAUUUUAACAUGAAACUCAGAUACUUCUACACUGUCAAUUGGUACAUUGACGGGAUUAACUUGACCACCACGGGUCCCUCGACUGAUUCAAUGGAACUGUCAUUAACUGAGACAACAAUAAUGAACACAGUUCGUCCUGGGUUUACGAUUAAAUGCGGUGUUCAAGCCUCUGUUCUCAAGGAAAGCAAGAAAACCGACGAAGAUCUCAGUGAGGAGUUUUUUGCUGGAGUCAAAAUUGAAAAUAGAACGAUACAUUUACCAAAAGGAGGUAUAGGAGAAAUUGUCUUGAAAACAACGAUCCCAGUGGCUUGUCAAUAUUUGGACGGACUACCUAUUCAUGAUCAGUGUAAAUUGACAUUAGAGAUGGGUAAAAAGAAAAUACCUGAAUGCACCGGAGACGUACGAAGCACCACGGACUGCAACAAUGUGCUAACAUCGCUGAAUGCAGAUGGAACCUUUGAACCAGCAGAGAUACGGUUCCCAAUUGUAACUGUGGACAUUGAUUACAACGACAAAAGCGUGUUUGACAUCGAUCUCAGAUUUGGGUCGCACACAAGCGCGUUGUGGCAUAAUUAUGUUCUUCCGAGUGUCCGGGUCAUUGUGGAGGACACGGAAGAGUACAAAAGCAAGUGGUGUUACUCUCAUAUUGAUCCACAUAUGAGGACUACAGAUGGAAGACAUUACGAACAACAAAGCGAUGCCGGAGUUUAUAUGAUGUACACCAAUAAGGCGUAUGACAUUGAGGUACAGCAGAAAACUAAACCAUGCAACAACGAUCAUGCAAUGUGCGCCUGUGGUGUUGCUGUUCGUGCAGGGAAGGACGUGUUCAUGAUAAAUAGAUGCGGAUCAAUCCAUUACAUUGAUUUUGUCCAUUGUGGCGAAGGGGGGAUAUUGGAAGUUCUAGAAAUAAACUCCAAAAAAUAUAGGGUUCUGACACCAAUUGGAACACGUAUUGAAAUUCGUCUUUAUGGUGGUAGCUAUGAAGGAACGAUGAAUAUAGACAUAUACAUGGCUCCUAAAGAUUUUAACAGCAUUGAAGGCCUAUGUGGAACAUUCGACAAUGAUGUCAAUAAUGAGUUUUUGGGCAGUAAUGGUCAGCAACUGCUGAAUGAGAAUGACUUCGCUGAGUCAUGGAGAAUGGACAGUGACACCCAAAAUACUGGUUUGAAGGAAAAGAAUCUUUUCAUUAACUCAGAUCGAAGUUUGCAGUCAUGGAAAGAAAGAAAUCAUUUGUACUGCUUUUGUCAAAGCGGAGCCGCGAACUGUUCGUCUACUCAGUAUUACAAGUGUUCAUUCCCAAACAGCAUAACGCCAUUAAAAUGUCAUGUUUCCAAAGGAAACAGGAAGAAGCGAGGAACAGAUUCUCACAUGAAAGAGUUGCGGCGACUUUUUGAUUUGAUGAACUCUGUCGACCCCCCAAUGCACUAUUUGUACAAGCGCCAAGCAGGGGCCCAGGAUAUUACCACUGAAGAUGCAAAUAAAGCAUGCACGGCUUUAAUAAACGGAAGUUUAGCGGUGCAGAGUUAUUCAGAUUUGUCGGCGCUUGAAAACCCUCAAGAAGUUAUAAAAAACUGCGCGUAUGAUGUUAGGGUUGGUGGAACGUUAGUUUGGGCAAACGCACAUGUGGAGUCGUAUAACGACUUGGUAAAGAAUAUGAUAGACUUACAACCGGAAUACGCUGCUAACAACACUGAGAGGAUAGACGUUUUUCUGGCAAAUACUUGUCCAUCUAACUGCACAGGAAACGGAAAUUGCACACUCGUAAAUAAUAGUGGGGAAGGCGUGUGCGUUUGCGAUGCAUUUUACCAUGGAGCUGAGUGUUCGAUCGAUGAAAGAGAUCCGUUGAUAAUAGACGACAUAGAAACUGGGGGUGAAUGCGACACUGCUGAAAGGUCCGACAACUGUCGAUGUUUUGCAAUAAGGAGCGGUGCCAUUUUGCGUUCCAUUCAGUGCAAUGUUAAGACAUUCAAGAUAUCCAUAAACGGGGAAGAAGAAUUGGUUUCUGAAUAUCGUUCAAAUGGUUCAUACGAAGAUAUAUUCACUGGGGUUUGUUGCUCCAACCACAACAAGUACGACGCUGAUGCAUUUGCAGUGAAGUACGAGGUUUCAGCAAGUAACGGUGGCUCUAAUUAUGGCAAUAUCAAAUCGGUCUUUGUAUUUGAUUCUACAUGCCAAAAUGUUGCUUACGAUAAAAAUACGAACGGGACUGUCUUUUUAAAUACCACAAGCGGAUGUUUUAUCGAGAAUAGGUGUUAUUCUGAUGGUGAAGUUUCACCGUUUAAUACUUGUCUGAGAUGCAACUCCUCCGUCAGUGCUACAGACUGGUCUGAAGCACCAUGCACAACAACGACUGUUAGUACCACAACUACGACAAACCCUACAACUACUAAAAAAACAACGACAACAACUGCAGUGCCUACGAAAACUAAUGCAGGGCCUAUGACAAGUACUGUUGAGCCUACGACAAGUACUGCAGAGCCAACGACAACUACUGCUGAACAUACGACAACUACUGCAAAACCCACAACAACUACUAAGGAGCCUACGACGACUUCUGCAGAACCUACAACCACUACUUCACUACCCACAACAACUACUGAAGAGCCAACGACAACUACUGAAAAGCCAACGAUAACUACUGUGGACCCUACCAUGAUUACUGCAGAGCCCACGACAAGAACUGCAAAACCCACAACAACUACUGCAGAGCCAACAACAACAACUGCAGAGCCUUCUUCGACGUCAACUGAAGAUUCACUACUGCGUGGGCUGCGACUACUUCAGCAGCUCGUACAACGACUGAUGGUUCAGAGACAACUAAGUCAUACGACAACAACUGUACAAUAAGAACAACUGUAAGCCUACGACAACAACCGCAGAAAAAACACACACAAAUAAACAAAAGAAAACAAUAAUAAAAAAGGAAGUAAAAACAUUUUCGUAGACCUUUUUAGCAUGUUUAGAGUUUAUCAAAUGAAAGAAACAUUUCACCUGUUACAAGAGCUGUCGAACCUUUAAACAUGUUUUUAAUGUCAUAUAUAGAAAUGAGAAUAAGGAUUUAUGGGAUUAAAACUAACUCUUUGCAAAAAGUACAUUUUGAACGCCAAAUUAUUCUAUCGAAUAUAAGAAAUGUUAAAGUGCAAUUCUGUUAAAUAAAAAACUCAGCAGUGGAACAAAAAAUAUUUUUUGAGUGUUUGUUAAGAUUACAAUUAUGGAAGGGAUUUCCCGCCAUUUCCCUCAUAAUGCUUUAUGAUAUUCCAAUUUCAAUUUUUCUUUUGCUAAAGUAAAUUUGAUUAUAAUUUUGAUUAUUUCAAAGACUUGGUGUAUUUAGUAUGUUUGAAAUAUUACGUUGUUAAACGUUAAUUUUAUGAAAAUUAAGCGUAAACUGCCAAACAAGCUGGAAGAUUUAGUCAAAUGAAACAUUUUUAACUAAACUUAUUGAAGUUGGUAACACAGCUGGUACUGUUCUCAAAAUAUUUUUUUUUCUUAAUGAAUUUAUACUUUACUUAAUACAUAAUUAAAUAACCUUUAUUACUAUAUAAGUUAAACAAAUGAACAUUUAUCUUUUAUCACAAGCUAUACAUUGUUUCCAGUUUUAUAUAACUAUAUUAUAUAAAACAUUUCCUGUAUUAAACCUGUGUUGAAUAUCAAUAUCACUUGGCAUAUUUGUGAACAGUUUAAUUGGAAAUUAAUUGUUGAAAUGUUAUUAUUCCUGCAAGUCAUACGUUUAUUUCUCAUUUUGUAGACAUGAUUAGAGUGUGUUUUUUUGAAUAAAGUAUUUUAUUUUCCAUUUCAA